GUGCUCGCAGUGUCCAUUGGCGUUGAGCGUCCAAAACAGUGCGGUGUCCACUCGAACUGACCGUUUAAAUAUGAGCCGUAAAAGGAACCAUGGCUUUAUUGAAACGGGACAGUCCUCCGAGUCUCAGCCCGCCCUGCUGGAGGCCGGCGGCUCCUCGGCUCGCUCUGAGGAGAGCUUCUCCGAGCUGGAGACCGAGGAGGAGCUGCUGUGCUCCGUCAGCCAGAUCACGGAGCACCUCGGCAGGAACAUCACGGUGGUGCUGGAAGCGGCCCUGUCGGAAAUACGGAAAAUCGUGAGCGUGCGGAUAAGGGUCCUGAAGAUGGAGCUGAGGGAGAAGACCGAGGAGAUGGAGCUGCUGAAGGCGCGGCUGGAGUGUGUGGAGAGAGACGGCAGGGGCGAGGUGGGUUUGCCGGGGAUGGACACGGCCGCCUUCUCUAGGAGAGCAGAGCUGCUGGGGCAGAAAUACGGCUCAGACCAGAAGAAGGCGAAAACCGGAGCGCCGGUGGUCAAGAAGGAGAACAUCAACGCCAUCUGUGACUAUCUGAUGAAGGACAAGAACGCGCGCGGCGGCGGUGCUGAAGUGGACAGUGAGCAGCAGCAGCUGAGUCAGAGUGGAGCGGAGCCCGAGAGGAGCCUGUGGACGGACAGCGGGAUGGGGGCUGGAGGACCCACAGAGCCGGGGAGCGACACGGGGGCCGAGGACCUCUUCAGCAUGCUGCCCUCAGGGAGCAAACGGCUCUACGACUACGAGUGGAUGGCAGGAGUGGAGCUGAACUCAGCGGACUUUAAAGGUGAGUCUGAGUCGAAGUGUGAGAAUGUCACAGCUGCCAGAGAGGCUGAUGAAGAGGUAGAAGAGUCAGAAGAAGGGAGAGGAGGGCUGGGGCUGGUCUCUGACACGCCUUCUGCUUCCUUUCCCCUGGAUUCUCACCCCUCUUCAGGGGAUGACAGGAGCAGCCCUGUGGGAGACAGUAUGGACAGAUUAGAUCCAGGACAGCACUUCUCUGCUCACACCUUCAUUUGCCCAUUCUGUGGAACUCUCUGCCCCGACUCCACAUUCUUGGAGGAGCACAUGAAGCUGAUGCAUCGGGACGAGAGCAUCCAGGCCAUGCAGUCCACCUCCUCCGCAUCCCGCGUUGAGGGCGCUGACGGUGAAGUGGGACGGGCUGCGGGGGGCUCGGAGGUUCCACCAGUUCGGGUGCCCAGGGAGAGGAAGGUGGAGGGGGGCUAUGAGUGCGGUGACUGCGGCCGCCACUUCAACUACCUGGGCAAUCUGCGACAACACCAGCGCAUCCACACCGGUGAGAAGCCUUUUGUGUGCCCCGAGUGUGGAGAACGUUUCCGGCACGCCGCCCGCCUCAAGAGCCACCGGCUGAGCCACAGCGGCGCCCAGAGCCCCUUCCCCUGUCCUCAGUGUGGGAAAGGCUUCCCCGUGCUGUCCGGACUCAAACGGCACCAGCGUGUGCACACAGGCGAAAGCCCCUACGCCUGCCCCCAGUGCGGCCGGCGCUUUAAAGAGCUAGGCAACCUGUACACACACAUGCGCAUUCACAGCGGUGCUACACCCUAUUCCUGUUACCAGUGCGGCCGAAGCUUCCGCCAUUUAGGCACUUAUAAAAGCCACCGCUGCACUCCUGCUACACAGUUGCCCAGCGGCCACAGUCCAGCAUGGGCUCAGGAGGACAAGGUACAGACAGGGUGAUGGAGCCAUCCUGGCGUUUUUUUAGAUAUGGUACUACAGAGCUGUGUUGCUUCUUCAACAGCGGUUUGAGGAAUAGCUAGACUCACUGCUCAAGACAGCUUUUGAGUUGUGGAGAACAUUUUAAAGACAGAAGAAAGAUGGUGCCCACUACAGUUUCCUUAUUUCUGGUGCAGAAAAGCUCACAUUUCUUCACUAGUACAGAUGAAUUUGAAGGAAUGUUCCAGCAUUUUUCAACCUUCUCUCAGGCUGCUUAGUUUCAACUUUCUCUCAGUGUGUGGUACUGUUGAUUACCAUGGAGAGUAAUAUUGACACUUUUCCCUGUACUGAGAAAGGAACGCAAAACUUACUGACCCAAAACUCACAUACAGUAGAAGACAGUGGACAGUUUGAAAUCAGUGUCUAGCCUAUACAAUUUCAUAACCAUUACUGCUAACACUGCAGGCCUUAAGACAGCUGUCUCUAGCCUUGGUCCUGGAGAGUUACCCUUCUGCAGAGCGAGUUCCACCCACAAUUUGCUACACCUGCUCCAGCUAAUCAACCUAUUCCCAAGUCCCUGAUUUGCUGGAUCAGAUGUAUUAGAGUUGAGUGAGGGACGGGGCAGCUUAUUGGAUACAGGUUGGAACUAAACUUGGCAGGAAAGUAGCUCUCCAGGACCAGGAUUGGAGACCACUGCCUUAAGAUGAGAUGGACAUGACAAUUUCUGAUCAAAUAGGGCUGAACGAUUUGGGGGGAAGAUCUAAUUGUGGUUUUUCUAUAAAUUAAGCUCUAGUCUGUUUUUUCUCCAAGAAGAUGAGCACAUCCAUUUUUUUUAAAGCAAGGCUUGAACACAGACUGUAGUGUGCUAGACUGCCAAUUUACAAGCUCUGCAUUAUUACGUUAGAUUUUCUGCACUCAAAGCUUGUUAAGACUGUGUUGAAUAGUGUUGAAUUCCAGCUCUUACGAUUUGUAAAUUUGGUCUUUCAGAUUGCAAUUUUAAUAUGCAAAUGAUGAAUCAAUUAAUUAAUUCAGCCAUAUUUUCAAAUCUGUUGAGGUACCUUUGGCUGAUGAAUUCAUGAAGUGAAGGAUUCUGCACAAACAUUCACUGACCAAGCAGCUGCCUGAUGACUUCUAUCUUAAAUGAGUCUUGAGUCAAUAGGUUCUGUGUUCUUUUCUGCUUAGAGUGUUGUCCACUAUAAUGGACCACAUACUAAGGAUGUGACAAAUGGAGAUUGGGAUGAAAUUGCUGAAAUAUUCCUUUAAGUACCUGAUUAAAGAACAGAACAAUGAUUGAUGUAGAGCAGGCUGGGUCCAUAUAGCGGAGCGCGCAGCCAGUGUGGAGUUAAUACAGCACCCAUUUGUGUGAUCAUUCCGUUGCUUUUGCACUGGUUUUAUUUAGAGACUUACGGCAUUAAAAUAUUCUCACAUCAAAUAUGAGCUGCAUAUAUCAAACAUGGACUAGAAUUUGCAUGUUCAUCUGUGAGAGUACUUCACUCAUGUUGCUUUUUAUUUUGAAAGCUUUUUGAAUUUGUUCUAUUUGUUGUUAGGACAGUUUUCAAUUUUAUUCUAUUUCACACUAUACAACCGUAAUCUUUUUUUUCUGCUUUAGUUCUGCGAAUGACCUGAAUUUAAAAGCUGUGGAGCCUAUUGUGCUUUAAGUGUCCUUGUUUUCCAAGCGAGCGCACAAAAGAAUAGUGCUGCCACCCUCUGGACCGUGUGUGUUACUGUAUCAACUGCUUCAGUUGGUUUUUGGCAAUAAGCUGAACCGCCUGUCGCGAUAAUUAGUGUUAUCUUUACCAGUUUACUACUUUUAAUGAUAAUUGUGUAAUUUACACUAUUAACAUGCUGUUUCUUUGAUUUUUCUUUUUAAAUAUGGCCACCUUUUAUUAUCUAAGUAUAAUCUAUAAUGUGAAAAAUGUGUGGAAAGCAAAAGCGUUGAAUAUUACUUUUGCAGCAAUGUAAAGACUGUUAUGUAAAUAUUUUACAUGAUAAGGAAGGCAGCACUUAAGGUGUUGUAAAAGCAAGUACAUCAUAGGACUUUUAUCAAAAAUGAUGCUCAGUUUAUCUCAGUACAUAAUUGUAUGACUGUUAAAUAAGGAGAUACAAACUGUCAGUGAUUAAAUGGUACAUUUGACUGGUCUUUACUAGUCAUUGCCAACAUAAUUGUAACUCUAAUAAACAUUCAUGUUCUAAGAUCCA